AUGAAGUAUCUUCCUCUUGUGUAUUUGUCCACCUUCAGCGUGGGAGCUUAUGCCGGAACACUGGUUUCGUCAAGUCCUCCGGCGAAUAUCAGCGGGCCAGUAGCAAAGGCUUUCCUAUCCUACUCCAUUGAGUUUGCAUGGUUUGCAGAAUACUCCGGGAACCUCAGUCACCCAAAUACGUUUACAAACCAUCUAUUAAACAAUUUCAACGAUGUCCAAGGACAUAAGCCUUAUUUACGAGUUGGUGGGAACACACAAGACAAUGCGCUGUUUGAUCCGCUUCUCAAGGUUGCUGUGAAUGGCACUUUUGGCAAUCCAGAUAUUGCCUACCCAACAACUUUGACCUAUGGAGAGUCAUUCUUUGAAGGAUAUCAGGUCUUUGAUAACGUCAAAUUCUCUCAAGGAUUCAACUUGGGCGCCAAUGGCACUGUUGGUUUCAACAACUUGAAGUCGACACUGCCAUUGGCCUGCAAGGCUCUCAAUGAAAGCAACUUGGCAUACUUUGAGAUUGGGAAUGAAGCAGACCAGUACGCCAGCAAGAAGUCGAACCGUGGACCGAUCCGAGCAGCGGGAUGGAAUGUCUCUUUGUGGCUCGAUGAUUGGCGCAAUCGAUCUGCCACUCUUGAAUCGCUGUACGCGGAAUCCGGCUGCGAGAAUACGCCCUUCCGGCUCACUGCACCCUCCUUUGCCGGAAAAACCUGGAUUGAACCUGCAUUCGAGGCCGGCUUUGCUGAUUACGCCGAAAAUGUUACAAUCAUCGCAGCCCACAGCUAUGUCGCGGGCGCCAACUCGCUAGGCGUCACACUACAAGACACUCUCAUGAACCACGCCACAACAAAAUCAGUCGUUGAUGGUCAUGUAGAUCUCAUGAGCGCAGUGGCUCCCUAUACCGACCUACCAUAUAUGAUAGGGGAAGGCAACAGCCUAUCCAGUCAAGGCAAGUCUGGGGUGUCGAACUCGUUCGGGGCAGCAUUGUGGAACAUUGACUUUGCACUUUAUGCCGCCUCGGUCGGAAUUUGGCGAAUUCAUCUACACAAUGGUGUAGGCUACAAUUACGCCGCUUGGCACCCCUCGUCUUGGAAUGGUACCACACCCGUGACCAAGGCCCCUUAUUACGGCAAUAUCGCGACAGCCGCUACCCUAGGCAAUGUGGCGCGGAACAAGACACAGAUAUCCUCUAUUCCCAUGUCCAACACAACGGAUUCGGCCUACGCCAUUUACAAGGAUGGCAGUCUGGCCAGUAUCGCUAUUUUGAACAUGGCGGGAUACAACUACACCAAACCCCCCACUACGAGACCGUCUAAGACAUACUCCUUCAGCAUUUCCGACGAAUCCAAAUACAAGGCCGGCAGCGUGAAGAGGCUCAUGGCCAACGGUAGCGAUGCUAUCACGGGGAUCACCUGGGAUGGUUAUUCAUACAACUACAACUUGGCCAAUGGCAAACCCUCCCGCCUAACCAAUAUCACAAACUCGGAGCAGGAGGAGCCAGUCAAGGUAAUCAAUGGCGCGUUCAACGUAACAUUGCCCCAUUCUUCAUUCACUUUGGUUGAAUUGGCGUGA